GACAUUAUUUACAGGCAAGCCCCAAUCGUAAGUAAAAGAGUAACAAGAAAAAAGACACCUUGGAAAAAUAAUGAAGUUAAUGAGAAAAUUGGUCUAAAGAACAAGCUAAUGGAAAAAUAUUAGAAAUCCAGGAUCAGUGACGAUUGGGACAGACGUAAAAACGUGAGAAACGAAUAAAUAUUUUGAUCUGACAGAGAAAAAUGGAGUUUUUCUCUAGUGCUCUUAGUGGUAGUAAAAGUAUGAAAAAAUAUGUGGGAAUGCUUAAAGAAAUGUGAUGUAGUGGCAGAUAACAAGAAUUUAAUUAACAUUUUAUUGUGUUAUAGUUUUGUAGAAAUGCAUUCUAUAAGCAAUGUAAACAUGAGUAUAUGACAAAUAUUUGCUUUAGAGGAUUGAAAUUAAUUAUAUAUUAUUUAUUUUCUUAAGUAAUAAAAUACAAUCUUAUAUUGAUAGAUAAACACUGAUAAGAUGAGUCCAGCUGUUUAGAGCCUGAACAUGAAUGAACGUGUUGGUGUCAUAUCACUGAAUAUGAAUCACCAGUUGGAGCCUGGCUGCCGGGUAAAGAACAGCUCCAACUCAAAAGUCCAGUUGUAGUCUUCCAAGAUGGAGAGGUUACCGAUAGAGAUGAUCGCGAAGAUCAGCUGUUACCUUUCAGUGGCAGACCUGGUAGCUUGUAGUGCCACCUGCCGGACUUGGCGGGAGAUGUUCAGUGAUGACAUGGUAUGGCGGCGGCACUGUACCCUCCGACUUGUAGAGUAUCUUGAGAACACUGAUACCACCAUCCCCGGCUUGCAGCUCACAGAACACAGUUCGCUCAGUCCGUUGCCUGAGUGGCGUACAAGGUUUAUUAGAGAGAAUUGCCUCUGGAACAACUGGCGUCAAGCAAACUUCAGACGUCAUGUAGUGGCCAGCAUUGAUGGAAUAGAAACCCUUGUUAUUUUUUAUAAAAAUGACUAUUUAGUGACGGUUAUUUUUAAUCAGGUACAACUUUGGGAUGUUCGGGAUGUACCGAUUUGUUUGAUAACUGAUCCUUGUGAACUGGAUAAGACUUUGGAUAUAGACUACGUGAAAGUCUUAAACGAAGACAGAAUUCUUUUUGUGCAAUCAUCAAAGGUAUCCGUGUUCCUUAUAAGUGUCACAUCAAGUCCUUGGUCUUUGAUCCACACGUUUAAUUUCAAUGAAAGACAUUCGUCUGAGAGUAAUGGUGAAAAGGGUAUGACGCCACCUCCACCUGAUGAUCAAGAUGAUGAAUCAGUUGCAAAUAAAUAUAUCUACGUUGCUUCUGGUGAUUAUUUCCUUGGAGUUGCAGCAGGCUACAAUAGACUACUACAUAUCUGGAACAUCAGUACUGGAGAAAAAUUGAAGGAAGUUAUCUGUCCCAUUAGAAAUCAAAACUCCUACUUUACAGGCAUAUAUUACUCUCACAAGCCAUCAACAGAUUUUGUAUUCACUAUGGAGGAAAUCAGAGAAGAUGUAGAAGAAAGUAAGAUGUAUUUUCUAAAAGUAAGAGUGCAUUUGUAUGUGUACAACGUGAGUGAGCUGAGAUUUAGAGACUUCACACAAACACGGAUGGGAAGAGUAUACACCUGCAUGAUCUAUGAACCGUACAUUUUCCUAAAAGAUUUUUUUAAUUUGACAAUUUACAACUAUAAAACAUCAGCAGUGGUUGAAGUCAAGCCUACUAUAGGUAACCCUAUAGUCUUCAAUGACAAUGUCAUUUACAUUACAGAGGGAAAAUUUAAGGAAUUUAAUGUUUCUACUGGAACAUCAAGGCAACUUACAAGUUUUAGUGCUUUCCCGAUGUUCUUCAUUGCUUGUGACAGAUUCAUAAUACAGAUUAUCAAUUUUCGUGACUUUGAGGUUUUUGAAAUUGUUGGUAGGAGAGAGAAACUGAUGCAGCUAAGUAUCAGUGCAAACAAUGAGUACUGGUUCUCCGAUAGAGUGGCAGUGACAAACAGCAUGUACACUAAAAAGGUUAUAGUUGAAUACAAAGAGGAAGACAGUAAACGUCACAUCACUCUCUUAAAUUUCUGGUAAAUAAUGUGAGUGUUAUUACAUCUCUCUAUCCGAGGAGUUAUAGCCAAAAGGAAUUUGGACAGUUACCUGUAAUAUGAACUACAAGACCUAAUUUUUGUCCAGAUGGGUGCUAGAUUUAUAGACUUUUGGAAGGAUAUACAUAUAGGAGAUUGUAAAAUAGUGAAAAGUUAAUUUGGAUCUAACUUUAUCUGAUAAAAUGUUCUUUAAGUUUCAUUACAUUUUUCACUUUUUUACAUUCAAAAGUAUCACUUUGAUCUUUAUUUAAAAUCGAUUAUUUGUUAGAAUUUAAAAUUUAUGUAAUCACUUUCUUACACCAUACUGAAGUAAGUACAAUAGAAGUGAUCUCUUUAUUAGCUGGUCAGGUUUUCACAUGUUGUCUUGUCCAAAGUAGACACAGCCGUUGUCUUCUCAUUUGUUAAUUUGAGGAUUUGUGAGAAGGAUUUUACUAAGGAAAUACCACUCUCGUAACAAAACUAGUCAAUCUAUUUCUCAAGAUAAAUAACUAUUAAAAAAAAUACGAAUUGAUUCCAGUUACAAAAUACAGUGCCAAAAUUAAUUAUAUUCUACCAAAAGUUUUGCUUUAAAUAAUCUGAUAUUUCUUCUUGAUUGAAGACAUUAGAAAAUAGGUUUUAUUCACAUUUUUAUAGAGUGAAAUCACGUUGUUGUACAUCACCAAGCCUCUCCUUUGUCCGCUUGAUGUCGUGUGGCCAGUCAAUAGAUUCUACUUCAUGUGUAAUUGGUGUUGUGGUCAUGUCGCAGUUGGAAUAGCAACCCGACACAAUGCGCUUUCGUCUUGUGUGAAUUCUGCUGUACUCGACCCAAGUAUGAGGUCACAGAUUCCUGGGACUGUGGCCAAACCCUCAGUACUGUAAAGAAUUUUUUAGCCAGUAUUUUCAGUAUUGUGUGUGGUGAUUUAUGAGAUUUUCUAUAGUUCAUGAAAGGUGCAGAAGAGUUUGCCAAGUUCGAAGUUCAUGAUAGCUCUCCAUGUAACCAAUCCUUCCUGUUCAGCAGGAUCAGUAGCCCGUGUCUUUCACCUCAAACUUUACAUCGGUAGUCAUAUGGUCAGUAUGAUGACUUUGAUGGACCAUGAGCGAAAUUAACCCUGUGGAAUGGUAGCUUGUUAGUACACAAAUCAUUUGCUGGGUCCUGAAUACUUUAUAAAGCUAUAAUGCCAACCUUAGAGAGCCAAUGCCUUAAGAAGGCCAUCAAAAUCAACAGGCAAGCGUUUGACACCAUGGUCCUAGAUGAAGGUGGGUAAUGGUUUCUAAAAUGUUGCUUGUUAGGACAGCAAAGCUUCUCUGUUAUGGAGUCAUUAAAUGGAUAAGUACACAUCUUUCCAAUGGGCCCGCUUCUCUAUACUAUUUAUUUUUAUAUCUCAGACAUGUUGCUCAUUCUAAAAAUGAAAAUCAAAUGAAAUUAAUAAUUUAGGUAGUCACUAAAACAAAUUAUAUUUGUUUGGAAAAGAGCAAAAAGCAACAUUACAAAUCCACUGUUUCUCUCAUCCAUUGAGUAAAUUAUAUUAAACUUCCAAUGACAAUCAGGUACUACCUAUACUGUUUUUAGUGCACAGUUUUGACAUUUUAUUGUUAAUAAUGUCACUCCAGGUAACUCUUCAGGCAUUUAAGGUUUAACCUCUUUCCUACUGCACAAAAUUCUAGAUGAUCAUCAAUAACCCGGUGUUUAAUAAGUAUUCUGUGAAUUGAUCAAGAAAUAACUGUGAAGUCGUAUGUUUACAAAUUUCUGUAAUUUUGAUUACAGUUGUAGUCUUCCAAGAUGGAGAGGUUACCGAUAGAGAUGAUCGCGAAGAUCAGCUGUUACCUUUCAGUGGCAGACCUGGUAGCUUGUAGUGCCACCUGCCGGACUUGGCGGGAGAUGUUCAGUGAUGACAUGGUAUGGCGGCGGCACUGUACCCUCCGACUUGUAGAGUAUCUUGAGAACACUGAUACCACCGUCCCACCCGGCUUGCAGCUCACAGAACACAGUUCACUCAGUCCGUUGCCUGUGUGGCGUACAAGGUUUAUUAGAGAGAAUCACCUCUGGAACAACUGGCGUCAAUCUAACUUCAGAAUUCAUGAAGUGGUCUGUAAUGAGGGACUAGGGAAGACCCAUGCUAUUUUUUACGAAAAUGACUACUUAGUGACGGUUGCUAAUGACAAGGUACAGUUUUGGGAUGUCAGGGAUAAACCGAUUUGUUUGAUAAACGAUCCUUGUGAACUGGAUUACACCUUGAAUAUAGACCAAGUUGAACUAUUAAGUGAAGAUAGAAUUCUUUUUGUGCAAUCCUCAAAGGUGUCCGUGUUCCGUAUAAGUGUCACAUCAAGUCCUUGGUCUUUGAUCCACACGUUUUAUUUCGAUGAAAGACACUUGUCUGAAGAUUUUAGUGAGGAGGGUAGGUCGCCACCUUUUUAUAAGGAUGAUGAUGAAUCAAUUGAAGAAAUAUGCUUUUACGUUGUUUCUAGUGACUAUUUCCUUGGAGUUGCAGCAGGCUACUCAAGACUGUUACAUGUCUGGAACAUCAAUACUGGAGAAAAAUUGAAGGAGGUUAUCUGUCCUGUAAGAAACCCAAAUUCCUGUUUCACAGGAAUAUAUGACUCUCACAAGUCCUCAUCAGAUUUUCUAUUGCUGACCGAAGAAGAUGCAGAAGAAGAAGACUGUCUUCUGAGAGUAAGGAUGCAUGUUUAUGUAUACAACGCAACUGAGUUAAGAUUUAGAGACUUCAUACAAACACGAAUAGGAAGAGUGAACUCCUUAUAUUCAUGUAGGAUCUUUGAACCUUAUGUUUUCAUCAAAGAUUAUUUUAAUUUGGCCAUUUACAAUUAUAAAACAUCAACACUGGUUCAUGUCAUGCCUGCUGUAAGUAACCCAAAAAUCUUCAAUGGCAACAUCAUUUUUGUUUCACAAGGAAGUUUCAUCGAAUUUAAUGUUUCUACUGGAGCAACAAGACAACUUACAAGUUUUGAUGCUUUCUCGAUGUUCUUUAUUGCUUGUGACAGAUUCAUAGCACAACUUGUCGAUUUUUACGGUUUUGAAGUUUAUGAAGUUGGUAGAAGAGAGAAGCAGCUGCAGCUAGACAGCCCAAACACCUGUUACUGGCUCUCUGAUAAAGUGGCUGAGACGAACAGCAUGUGCACUAAAAAGUACGUAAUUGAAAACAGAGGGAAAGUUAAUUCGUUUCAUGUCUGUGUCUUGAAUUACUGGUAGAAAAUAAGAGUUACCAGCACAUAUAUGUGCUUUAAUGUAAGUGAGUAUUUUAACAUUAUUGAUAGUUAAGUAUUAAUAUACCCCUGUAAUAUGCUGAAAGAUAAACUAACAGUUUCUGUAAAAGUAACAGAACACACGGUUUCUAUACAUUCACUACAAUAGAACUGAAGAAACAGUUUUACAAAUUGUUAUAGAUAAUUCUGAGAGAGAGAUAAAGAUAGCUACAUAAUAUCUUAUUUAGAGUAUGUGUUGACUAUAUUAAAUGUGUAUUAUCAUAUUAAAUCAUCUAUAUUUUGUAAUACAAAUAUGAAGUAAAGGUUUUCUUAUACGUAGUUUAAAACAAUACAAUGUAGAAUCAUUUGUACUGUUAAAUAAUUUUAUUAUUAUAAGUGAUUAAUUUUAAAGUUAUAUAGGGAGAUAAAAUAAUAGCACUAGAAAAAUAUUUUAUUGGAAGUUCUGUUUAGCACUAUUGAAUCUUAGCAAUAAUUAGUCCAUGUGUUUUGCACGGUAAUGUUAAAAACACACAAACAAAGCCUUAAUGAACAAAAACUCAAAAAAAGAGUAUAAUAUACACAUAGAAAGGGACAUACUGAUAUAUUUUGUGUCACAACAUAUAUAAGAGGUAAAUGUCUAUACUUAAAUUUAUUUGUAUGUGUGUUUUUAUAAGUUACUUUAUAUUUUUAUGUUUCUCUUUUAAGAGAAUAUGUUUAAUAUUUUUAAAACAAUGUUUUAAAAAAUAAAUUAGUUCAUAAAGAAAAUUGAACUUUCUACUUGUAAGCAAUGUCAUGGACAGGGGCAGGUUCAGGGGGAGCUAAUCAUUACUCCUGAAAAUUAUUGUAUUUUUCAAUAUUUUAUUGUUAACAAAAUUUAAUGAUAAUUUUACUGAAAUGGUAUAACCUAAUAAUAUGUAGAGUAGAUUUCUACAUUUGGAUCUUCUAAAGUACUAAAGUAAUUUCUACACUGGAUUUGCUCCUGCCCAUGGCAUCAUUGAGGAUAGAUAAGUAAGUGUUCAAUGACAAAUUUAUUUUACUGUUAUAAAAGAUGCUAAGUAAAGAAAGUAAUGAAUGUUAGUAUCUGAGAGUUCUCACUGUUAUCGAAUGUAACUUUACCAGAAUAAAACAAUACAGAAUGUUUACAUUACUAUAACUAAUUAAGGCUUGUAUAACUACAUGUUUUAAAUUUUAAUUUUAUAGUAAACAUAAUUUUAUCACUCA